AUGCCAAAAGGCAAGACUGAUAGGCGGUCUCUGCAAUCUUCAGCAAUGGAGUUUUCUUCUUGGUUCAUGAUUUUUUCUAUUUCCUGCUUCCUUUUAGCAUCUGGGUCAUUCUCGGUCGAGAAUUUUAACCAGGCGUUCCCAAUUGUCGAACCCGAUCCUGGUCAUACCAAACUUCAGCUUUCAAGGGAAGGUUUGGAGGCCAUCAAGAGAAUAACAACUCCAAUUGCAGCUGUUGCAGUUAUUGGACCUUACCGCUCUGGAAAAUCGUUUUUGCUUAAUCAGCUUCUCUCGCUUUCUUGUUCCGAAGGCUUUGGUGUUGGACACAUGCGUGACACAAAAACAAAGGGGAUAUGGGUAUGGGGAACCCCACGAGAAAUGACGAUCGAUGGAGUGAAAACUUCUGUGCUUUUCCUUGAUACAGAGGGUUUUGAGAGUGUUGGGAAAUCAAAUGUAUAUGAUGACCGGAUUUUCGCUCUGGCUACUGUCUUGAGUUCUGUACUUAUCUAUAAUCUGCCUGAGACGAUACGUGAGGCCGACAUUUCUCGACUAUCAUUUGCAGUUGAGCUUGCCGAAGAAUUUUAUGGAAGAGUGAAGGGGCAAGAUAUUGCUUUUGAACCUGCAAAGCUUUUGUGGCUUAUCCAGCGUGAUUUUCUCCAAGGGAAAUCUGUGCACCAAAUGGUGGUUGAAGCUCUCCAUCGUGUCCCUAACAGUGAAGGGGACAAAAAUAUAGAUCUGGUUAAUCAAAUUCGAGAUUCCUUGGCUAUCAUGGGUGAUAACAGCACAGCAUUUAGCUUACCGCAACCUCAUCUUCAGCGAACAAAACUAUGUGAUUUGAAUGAUGGUGAACUUGACCCAAGUUAUGUCAAGAAGAGAGAGCAAUUAAAAGAUGUUGUUGGCAGCAUUAUUCGUCCAAAGAUUGUGCGGGGAAAACCUCUUAAUGGAAAGGAGUUUGUAUCUUUUCUAGAGCAGAUCCUUGAAGCCUUGAAUAAAGGGGAGAUCCCAUCAACUGGCUCUCUUGUUGAGGUUUUUAAUAAGGGUAUUCUUGAGCGAUGUUUGAAGCUGUAUAGUGAUAUGAUGGCAAAGUUGCAUUUACCUCUCUCUGAAGAAUCUCUGCAAAAUGCCCAUCAAAAUUCCAGAGAGGAAGCAAUGCAACUUUUUGAGCAGCAGCAUUUUGGUCGUCACCAUGCAAAGAAAUCAGUUAAGGAGCUAGAUGAGGAAAUAGAAAAGGCUUACAAGAACGUUAUUCUAGCAAAUGAAAAUAAAUCGUCAAAGCUCUGUGAGGGAUUGUAUACCACGUGUGAGGAUGAAAUGGAUCAUCUUCAGGUUCUCAGACUUCCUACAAUGGCGAAAUUCAAUGCAGGUUUCCUGAAAUGCAAUCAAAGUUUUGAGCAGGAGUGUGUAGGACCUUCAAAAGCAAGCUAUGAGCAUCGAAUGAUGAAGAUGUUGGGGAGAUCACGCUCUCUAUUUAUCAAAGAAUAUAACAACAGGCUCUUCAAUUGGUUGGUGACCUUCUCCCUUGUCAUGGUGGUGUUAGGCAGAUUCAUCAUAAAGUUUAUUUUACUUGAAAUUGGGGCAUGGAUACUCUUCAUUUUCUUAGAAACAUACACAAGGAUGUUCUGGACAGCUGAGUCUCUUUACUACAACCCGGUUUGGCAUGUGAUAGUUGCCACUUGGGAAACACUUGUUUACAGCCCAGUACUGGACUUGGACAGAUGGGCAAUUCCCCUUGGUGUAGUACUUUCAUUAUUCAUACUUUAUUGGCGGUGUUACGGGAUAAGGAAACACGGGUCGCGAUGGCUAUUACCAAUGUACAAUCCCAAAGGCGGUUCAAAUCGCCCCAGAUCAGACUGAGAAAUAAGUGAUUACUUUUAAAGUGUUUAACUAUGCAUCUUCUCUUUGUACACUGGGCAAGCUCUUCUUUUUAUGGUAUGUGAAGCCUGCCGAUGAUCUAUUCUUUUGGUUCUUCAAGGACUUGAUUUGCUACUGCAGAAAAAGAUGAAAAAUGGUGAAGAAGAUUGAAAAAGAAAAGGGAAGUUUCAGAGAGUGUAGGCCAAAUGUAGCAUUAGCCAAUUAAUUGUAUCUUUGUUAUUUAAAUUAUUUCCAAAUUCAUUUAUUUCUAGCGUUUUAGAUUGGACAAUGAAUAAUACUCAAUUUGUAUAAUCUGAAUUUCUCAUCACGAAAUACUUUAAAUACGAAAAAGGAAAAAAGUAAAAGAUAAAUGGUUUACUCGAAAUAUCUGUGUCAAAUGCUUGUGGAUUAUUCAUGAGAUUUUGAUUAAAUUCCUCGUUGGACUUUAGUUGUAAAACUACUAAUGACACAUUGUUCAGUAUUUUAAUGUAAUUAGCCUUUGAUAACACUUAUAUUCCCUCUUGGCGAAUGGAAAUUUUUCGUAAA